AUGGCCCCUUCUCAACGCCACGAAUCCAACUCGUCGAAAUCCUUCGACUACUUCCGAGAACUCCCAAACGAACUCAAAGUAUACGUCCUUGCAUGUGCUCUAGCGGACGAGCUGGCUAGUCGACGCCAGCAGAGAGAGAGCAUUCUUCGCGCACCUGAUCAGAGAGUGCUCACAAAUCCGACCCGCAGCUACCGGCAUCCGAACAAACUCGUCCUCAACUUCACAGAGGAGGGGGUAAAAGUGGUUACGACCCCAUGGCUCGCGACUCUGCAAGUCAAUCGAUUCUUCCGUCGCGAGACCAUUCGACUCUGCGGGGACAGCUUAGUGCCUGCCUGGAAUACGGAUGUACUCGGUUCCGCACAAACGACAUGUGAUCACUUGGUAUUCUUCGAAGGACAGACGGACAUACUCGAACUCGAAGGGUGCAAGAUCAGCACAUUGAAGAACUGCCUCAACAUCCUGUCGCCCGCUCUGAGGAAGUGGGCUCGCUUCCUGUUCAUCCCCACCAACGUACUUAUCUCGAAUAACGAACUUGUGUUCGGCUGGCCGGAUAAAAUCGACGAAGUAGCUGAGUUGCUGCCCAAUCUCGAAGUCGUAGCAGUCAAGAAAGUGCAGGGCCAAGAACACCAGGGCAUUCCAACGGAGCUCUCUCUAUACCGGAUAACCAAUGAGCGGGGAGGCGAUGGGAGAGAGAUAUCGGUUGUUAGGUGCCACGACGAGUAUGUACCGAGUUUCAUCGAAGAGGCGCGAAACUAUACCUGGGGAGACGGCGCCUCGUGUUGA